CAAUGAUGCUUCUAAGCAGCGUUGGUUUAAUUAAACUGUCAGGAGUUGGCGUUCUGUAAGUGGCCAUGUCUCGCUCAGUCUAUAAGUUGAACUGUGGACGGAUGGUAGACUUAUAAGUCUAGGAUUUCUUCCAGCCUAGCUGCUCUUUGAGUCUAAGGCAGUAAGGGUCUAGGGGAAACUAUAUCUGGAAACCGGAAGGCGCUCCCUGGAAACUGGAAGGUGUGGUGACGCUUAUAGUGCCAAAAAUUAACCAUCUGAGGUUACAAUAGAAGACAAUAUGGCGUCAUCUCUGCUAGCCAGACUCGGUACUUUCUUUUACUUGGUUCAUCCCAACACGACGAGCUUCGAGAAGGCCGAGGAUGUUCCUGAUUAUCCAAAUGAGGCUGUCCCACUAUUCAUUGCCUUCCUCAUCCUGGAGUGGAUUAUUACCAGACUGAAGAACAAAAACGGCAUGAUAACAAACGAUAUGCUAACUUCCAUCGGUAAUGGCGUCAUUCACCAAGUGACCGGGGCAGCGAUUCGAGGCACGGCGUUGAUAGGGUACGAUUGGAUAUAUAAUAAGUAUCGUUUCAUUGACCUCGACUGGAAUUCCCCCGUGACCUGGUUUCUGGCGGCCCUGGGUGUUGACCUUGGAUAUUAUUGGUUCCACAGGGCCUCUCAUGAGGUGAAUAUCCUGUGGGGGAGCCACCAGACGCACCACUCUUCCGAGUACUACAACCUUUCCACGGCGCUUCGUCAGUCGACCUUUUCUAGGUACUUCUCCUUCGGGCUCUAUAACCCACUAGCUCUCCUGGGCGUGCCCUUGCCCGCCAUCUUGGUACACCAGCACUUCAACCUCCUCUACCAGUUCUGGAUCCAUACGGAAGUGGUCGAGAACUGCGGUCCGCUGGAGUGGAUCUUUAAUACCCCUUCACAUCACAGGGUGCAUCAUGGAGCCAACAAAUGGUGCCUGGACAAGAACUAUGCGGGUGUCCUCAUCAUCUGGGACAGGAUGUUUGGCACUUUUGAACCGGAAAGGAAGGACGAAAAGAUUGUUUAUGGUCUCGUUUCUCAACCACAGUCACUGAAUGCUGUUUGGCUUCAGGUAUUCUACUUCCGAGCCAUUUUCGAGAAAGCUCUCAGCAUGCCCACUUGGGGCGACACCCUCAGGGCCCUAUUUUACGGCCCUGGUUGGGUUCCUGGUACCCCAAGACUAGGGGACCCCUCGACGUUUCCUGACGUGAAGGCCCCCCGCCCCAAAUAUAACCCGCGGCUUCCUCUGUGGCACGAGAUCUACGUGGUGGUACACUUCGGCGCCAUUGUGGUCAUGCAACACGUUUUCAUUUCCAAAAUUGCGACCUUCUCCUGGUUCAUGGCUCUGGUGUUCCUGCUCUUCAUCCUGCUGUCUGUGGGGAUCAUAGGAGCCAUGUACGACGGCUGGUGGUGGGCGCCAUUGGUGGAGGCGGCCCGAUGCGCCUGCUACGUUGCCUACGCCAGGAGUUACCCAAUUACUUCGAUACCGGUUGUAGACUCUGUCAUCUUGGGCUAUUUCGCCUUGUCCACUCUGCUGUGGGCUUCGCAGAGCAUGUCUGUGAUACAGGCCACAGCCAAAGAGGCCAAGCUGCAGUAAAUGAGGGAUUAAAACACGAAAUUUUCGCCAUCACGAAAAACUGCUAAGCUCAUCUUUAGUUUUAGACGCAAGCAACCCCCCUUUUUUUCGCGCCUUCGUCUCUCGUAUUUCAGAAAUGCUGUGGUUGUUGUUAUUGUUGUUUUGCCAGGGUUAUUACGCCAUCACUUUGUCGUGAGCUUCGGUUCCAGCCACAACAAGAUCGUUUGUAAAAGUGGGAUAGGAACCUGCGCCAUUAUGUAAAUUCACCUUCCGGGAGAAGUGGUAAAAAGCGCGCCACGAAUUAUGUUACACUUUUUUCCCGCCAUUAGACCGAUCGGAUAUAUAUAUAUAUAUAUAUAUAUAUAUAUAUAUCUAU